ACAGCUGAGGCAACAACCACUACUGCAUCUCCAACAACCACAACACCGACUCCAACAACCACAACAGCAACAACCACAACAGCCGCACCAACAUCCACUACUGCAUCUCCCACAACCACAACAGCGGCACCAACAACCACAACAGCAGCACCAACAACCACAAAAGCAGCACCAACAACCACAACAGCCGAGGCAACAACCACGACUGCAGCUCCAACAACAACAACACCGACUCCAACAACCACAACAGCAACAGCCACAACAGCCGCACCAACAACCACGACUGCAUCUCCAACAACCACAACAGCCGCACCAACAUCCACUACUGCAUCUCCCACAACCACAACAGCGGCACCAACAACCACAACAGCAGCACAAACAACCACAACAGCAUCACCAACAACCACAACAGCCGAGGCAACAACCACGACUGCAUCUCCAACAACCACAACACCGACUCCAACAACCACAACAGCAACAACCACAACAGCCGCACCAACAACCACGACUGCAGCUCCAACAACCACAACAGCCGCACCAACAACCUCGACUGCAGCUCCAACAACCACUACUGCAUCUCCCACAACCACAACAGCAUCACCAACAACCACAACAGCAGCACAAACAACCACAACAGCAUCUCCCACAACCACAACAGCGGCACCAACAACCACAACAGCAGCACCAACAACCACAAAAGCAGCACCAACAACCACAACAGCCGAGGCAACAACCACGACUGCAGCUCCAACAACAACAACACCGACUCCAACAACCACAACAGCAACAGCCACAACAGCCGCACCAACAACCACGACUGCAUCUCCAACAACCACAACAGCCGCACCAACAUCCACUACUGCAUCUCCCACAACCACAACAGCGGCACCAACAACCACAACAGCAGCACAAACAACCACAACAGCAUCACCAACAACCACAACAGCCGAGGCAACAACCACGACUGCAUCUCCAACAACCACAACACCGACUCCAACAACC